CAGCGCCAUUCCUCCAAAGUGUGCGUUUUGGUGGGAGACCCCUCGCAGAAAAGCGUCCGGCAAGGAAAGGGUUAAGGAGUUUAUAGGGUCCAGAUUGAUGCCCCCUCUCCCACACGUCGCCAUGAACAAAUGAAUUCGCGGGGAAUUAAAUAUCCAUUUCACAAAGGCGAACGAGUCCUGUGCUUUGAACCCGACCCCACCAAGGCUAAAGUCUUGUAUGACGCUAAGGUCAUUGAUGUCCUGAUCGGGACGGACGAACAUGGAAGAAGAAUCCCAAAGUACCUGAUUCACUUUAAUGGUUGGAACAGGAGCUGGGAUCGUUGGGCUGCUGAGGAUCAUGUCCUAAGGGACACUGAGGAAAACCGUAAAUUGCAACAUAAACUGGCUCGCAAAGCUCUAGGUCGCAUGAAGAGAAGGGUAUGGGCGAAGAGGCGUCGUCGUCAGUCUGGUACUAAAUCUUCUCUGAAGACUCUCCCUAAGGAGGACGACAGCGAUGACGCAUGUUUGAUUUCGUCUUCAGAGAGCAGUGACGGGGACGACUCUGACCCUGAAUCUUCAAAUAGCGGGGACAGCACCUUCUCUGAGGAUAUCAACAAAAUGAGGGUCGAGCCAGACAUUAACGUCAAAAGAGAAAGUGAGGAGAAGAUCGUCCAUGUUGACAUCAACAUCCCGGAUACUCUGAAGAAGAAGCUGGAGGAUGACUGCUUUUACAUCAACAAGAGGAAGAAG